AUCGACGACCUGAAGCUCAAGGUUCAGGAUCUGAAGGGGAAGUUUAAGAAGCCAGCCCUGAAGAGGGUGCGGAUGUCGGCGGAUGCCAUGCUGGCCGCUCUGCUGGGCUCCAAACACAAAGUGUCCAUGGACCUGAGGGCCAACCUGAAGCAGGUCAAGAAGGAGGUGAAAGACGAGGAGAAGCCGACGGGCGACUGGAGGAAGAACAUCGAAGACAGGGCCGGGAUGGACGGCAGGAAGAAGAUGUUCGAGACUGAGGCGUAAACAGCAGCGUGUUGUUCUUCUGUGAACCAGUUUCAUCCAUUUCAGUGUGUUAUGUGAGUCUAUGUUGCUGUGUUUGAUUGAUAGAAUAAAUAUAUCAUGUGGUGCUUUA